AUGCAGGAAACCGAUGUCUGGGUCUGCGCUACUGUAGUCUCAAUUAUAGAUGAGUGGUGGUACAACUCAUGCAGAAGAUGCACAAGCAAAAUGGAGGAAGCAAAUGGGGAAUUAAAUUGUAGCAAAUGUUCUCAUAAAUUUGGCAUUUUCCGCUACAAGAUUCACUUUGGUGUCCAAGAUACUUCUGCACCGGCCACUUUAAUUGCUUGGAACAAUGAAUGUGAACCUAUAAUUGGCAAGCCAUGUGAUGCAUUGAGGCGUGAAAUCAUGCAGAAGAAUUCAAAUAGCAUUGAACUGCCGGAGGAAAUAGACAGUAUGAUUCACAAAUCAUAUCUCUUCAAGGUGCGCAUUAGAGCAAACAGGCGUAAAUUCGGGGAUGGUGAUGCAGCCUUUUCUGUUGUAAGGAUGAUUGGUGAUGAAAAUUUGGUAUCCAAAUACAGUCAGUGGGUAACUGACAAAGAAGAAUCUGAUUUCUUGACACUUCUUCAAAAGGAAGAGGCAAAGGGCAAGGACUGCAAUGAAGAAGAAGAAGUGUCAACCCCUGUGAAGACUCGCAAUGGUAAAGAGAAGGUCGGUGACAAUUCUAACGCUAAGAGAAGUCUAAUGGACAUAAUUGAAGAUGAGGCAGGAUUUGUUGCCCAAUCAGCCACUGCCAUGAAGGGCAAAGCAAAAGUGACCGAGCAAGAUGAUGAAAUGAAGGACAUAUUUGAUGAGGAGUAA